GCGGCGUUCUACCCUGGGGCAUACACUACUCGUGUGGAAAUCAAGUAGGCAACACGGCAGCUUAGAAGGGGCAGCAUGGGGUGGCUCACCAACACCAAGCGGAAGCGCAAGCCCGCCGGGCCGGCGCAGCCGGACCAAGCCCUGAACGGGGGCGGCACGGGUGCGGCGCCGGGCGCGGCCGCUGCGCCCCCCGCGCCCGCGAGGCUGGGCGAGGCCGCGCGGACCGACGCUGGCGCGCACGAGGCGCUUGGCAAAGCCAAGUACGUCGAGCUCGUCGACGCCGUUGACGGCGCCGACGCCGACGCCGCGUGGGCGGAGCUGCCCGAGGGGGUGCGGGACCUGUUCGUGCCUGUGUGGAAAUCAAAUCUCGGACGCCUCAUCGCGUGGAGGUUCACGAAGGUAACCUAGCUCACUGGUUGAUUUCCACACAGGUUCGUACGGCUCGCCUUCGAAACCGAGGACGGCCCGCUGCCGCCGCUGCGCGCGUGGACGCGCGCGCGGGCGGCCGCCUCGGCGUCCGCGGCGGCGGCGGCGGCGGCCGACGACGCGCGCGCCGCGGGCGCCGCCGCGGCGCGCGACCGGUUCGCGGCGGCCGCGGCCGCCGCCGACGCCGAGGCGGCGGCCGCGGAGGCCGACGAGGCCGACGAGGCCGACGAGGCCGGAGCGGCGGCUCCCCGGCGGCGGCGGCGGCCGCCGCCGGACGGCGCGGGCGCGCGGCGCGCGCGGCAGCCGUGGCGCGUGGCGCCGCCGCCGCGGUACCGCCCCGUUCCGCGCGCGCCGCGCGAGGCGCUGGCGGCGACGUGGUCGCGCCCCGCGGGCGUCGUCGGCGCGACGUGGAAGCCGGCCGCCGCGGCCAGGGCCGAGCGCGCGCGCGCCCGGCGGCGCGCCGCGGCCAGGGCGGAGGCCGCGCGUCGAGCCUCGAUCCGGUCCGUCUGCGCCCAGAUCCUCGACCGCGAAAGGGCCGAGGGCGACGGCAGGGAGCUCGACGCGCGCAAGGUCCUCGAGGAGGUCCGGCGGUGGUACCGCGUCCAGCCCCGUCCCGCGGCGGCGGCGGUCCAGCCCCGUCCCGCGGCGGCGGCGGCGGCAGCGGCGGCGCCCGUCGUCGUCGCGGGCGACCGCGCGUCGCCCGCGCGGCCGCGGCCGCCGGGAACGCCGCCGCGUCAUCCGCCGGCGGGCGCCUGGCCCCGGGACGAGUCUUCGCCGCCGGCGCCGGCGCGCCGGAAGGGGCCCUCCGUCGCGCACGACAUCGAGGCCGGCCGCCGCCGCCUGCUGCGGAGCGUCGGCGUCGCGGUGCGCGCGCGCGCGGCGGCGGCGGCGGCGGCGGCGCCGGGGCCCACGCCUGCGCCCGCGCGCGACAUCGACGCGCUCUUCCGCGCGCUCGCCUAA